AUGGCCGACUACGACUCCGACUCGUCCGGCGCUGAGGAUAUCGAGACCAACGUCCUCCUCGGCUACGCAUCAAAAGAGCCGACCAGCGACGACUUCAGCCAGCUUGGAGGCCAUCCGACAUGGCUUGAUGACAAGACUGCACCUUCUGGCGUGCUUGCGAAGUGCAAGGUCUGCAAUGGCCUCAUGAACUUGCUGCUCCAAAUCAAUGGUGAUUUGCCCGAUCGGUAUCCUGAACACGAGAGGCGGCUGUACAUCUGGGCUUGCAAGAGGAAGGCAUGUCGAAGAAAGGAUGGAAGUGUCAGAGGCUUCAGGGCGACACGUCAGACGAAGGUACAACCAUCAGCAAGCUCCAAGCAGCCGAAAACUCCCCAGAGCACAACGGGCGCUGCGCAACCUGCCACGAACCUAGGCGAGACUCUUUUCGGUGUGAAACCGACAACCAACACAUCCGCGAACCCUUUCGCUUCACCUGCAAGCAGCGGCCCCCAAUCAAACCCUUUCGCAUCGCCCAGCAGUCAAAGCAGCAACCCCUUCGCCUCAACCUCCUCCCUCGCCGCAAAACCACCCCAGAAGCCGAUCGACGAGCCAGCCGAGUCCCUACCCCAAACCUUCGCCGACAAAACCCGCAUAUCAGCAGCUUCACCAGCAACCCAGACAACACCAGUCAUCCCUCACGAACCAUGGCCCGAAGCAUCUGCAUUCUCAGAUCCAUAUCCAGCCCUCCAUCUCGACGCCGACAAAGAGUACACCGAACCGGAAGCACCGCAAGCCCCCGCCGGCGUGCGUGUCGACGCUGCUGAAGGGAGUAGCAGUGCGGGCGGUGUAGACAAAGACCUCUUCGAAAGCACCAUGGACCGCACCUUCCAGAAAUUCGCAGACCGUCUCUCCCAGAAUCCGGAACAAGUGCUACGCUACGAAUUCGGUGGGCAGCCAUUACUUUACUCGAAGAAAGAUGCCGUGGGCAAACUCCUCACGCCUCCAGAGGGAGAGGAGGUCAAGGUGAAAGUGCAGAGCAGGGCUGGAGGGAACAAGAUGCCGCGGUGUGGGAACUGUGGUGCUGAGAGGGUGUUUGAGUUGCAGUUGACGCCGCAUUUGAUUUCGGAGUUGGAGGCGGAGGAGAUGGGGCUUGAUGGGAUGGAUUGGGGGACGGUCAUCCUUGGGGUGUGUAGUAAGGACUGUCAGGAGAAGGGGAAGACAUACGGAGAGGUGGGGUAUGUGGAUGAGUGGGUGGGUUUGCAGUGGGAAGAGCUGGCUGGGAAGAGGUGA